CUCCUCGGAGCGGAGCUAUGGCGGGCGCRGCGCGGUGCGGGGGCAGCGCCGUGUGCCGCUCCCGGGGCCCCGCCGUGUACCGCUCCCGGGACCCCAUCCGCAACCUGCGCCUGCGGGUCCGUAUCCAGCGGGUCGCGCCGGCCGGGCCUCUGCUGCCGCGGGCGCCGCUGUCGCUCGCCGGCCCCGAGCGCCCGGGCCGGGCCGACCGCGCCGCCGCUGCGGGAGCGGUGUCACCGGGGGCGACCGCGGCCUCUCGCGCAGGCGCACGGAGGCCCCCGGAGGACGAGGAGGAGGCCGAAGUKGGAUGGCAGGAGAAGCUCUUCAGCCAGUUUGAGGUGGAUCUGUACCUGAAUGAGUCAGCCUGCCAGACUCCCCUGGACUGGGAGUACCAUGAGGAGAUCCAGAAACUGGAGAAGGCUGGAGGUCGGAAGAACUGUCGCAUCUUCACCUACACCGACCACGACCGAUUCACCAACCUAGAGGAGCUCUGCCAGAAGGUAACUGACUUGGAUAAUGAAGUGCCAUCGUAUCUGGUUGAGAGGAUGGCCAAUGUAAGGAGGAGAAGACAGGACCGUAGGCCUGCAGAAGCAAGUUCUCUGAAGUCAAAAAUCAUCACCUGGGAACCUUCAGAAGAAUUUAUAAAGAACAAUCAUGUAAUUAACACACCUGUCCAGACCAUGUACAUCAUGGGGGACUUGGGACCUUAUGGGAAGCUUGGUCAGAGGGAGUACGAAAAUGUUCUUUGCACAAUCAAGGUGGAUGGCAAUGGGGUAAUCACAGUGAAGCCKGACUUCAAUGGCAGCAAAGGAGCCUACCGGAUUGAACUGGAUGGAGAGCAGCGAGAGGUGUGGGAAUACACCAUUGAGAAUGCGUCUGCCCAGGUGCAGCCAGAGGAGAUGGAGCAUGAACAGCGUGUGUUCAGAGAUCUGUACGGACGGCACAGGGAUUACCUCAGUGGCCUYGUGGGCACAGACUUUGAAAUGCCUCUUCCUGGUACUCUGAGACUUCUUGUGAAUGGAGAAAUAGUUUCAGCUCAAGGCUAUGAGUAUGACAACCUUUAUGUACAUUUUUUCCUGGAGCUGCCUAACCGGUGGUCAAGCUCCCCGUUCCAGCAGCUCUCAGGAGUGACGCAGACCUGUGCCACAAAGAAAGUGGGCUGGGAGAACGUGGCAUACUUCUGCUACCCCUUCACUGUGGAGAUGUUUUAUACCCUAGAAAAUGAAGACAGUCUCCCUGAGUGGCCUGUUCUCUACUUUGAGGUCCUAUCCCUGGAUUUCUGGCAGAGGUAUCGUGUGGAAGGAUAUGGGUCCUUGGUGCUGCCAGCAUCUCCAGGUGUCCAUGUGCUCACCAUCCCUACCUGGCGUCCUGUGGAACUGGGAACUGUUGCUGAAAUGAGAAGGUUUUUCAUUGGGGGAUCUCCUGAGCUGGAGGACUUAACCUACAUCCGGAUACCAUCAACUUUCAAGGGAAAGCGUUUGAGCCGCUUUGGUUUCCGGACACAGACCACAGGGAGCGUCACRUUCCGGCUCUAUUGCCUGCAGCAGUCUAAAGCCUUUCUGGAGAACAGUGCUCUGAGGCAGCGCAUGCAGAGUGUACUGGACCGACUAGGAGGCUUCAGCCAGCAGAGCUCUGUCUACAAUGUUCUGGAGGCUUUCCAGCGGGCACGGCGCCGGAUGCAGGAUGCGCGGGAGAGCCUUCCACAGGACCUCAUCAGCACUUCUGCCUCUUCUGUGCCCCAGCCCCUGGAGCCAUGAGUGUCACCUCUGCUGCCUGGAGCACUUGGCAUCCUCCCUCCAACACAAGCUCCCACCCCUCAGCGGGAAUCCCACUGCUGGUGUCUGGAAGCUUCAGAAGCCUUUCCUUUGUUGUUUUCCCUGGAUGAGGGAAGGAGUCUGUAACCUCCAGAUCCAGAAUCCUUGCAUUUCCACAGGUAUCUAUGGAAGGAGCCCUGUUUUUCAAGGCCCUUUAUUACCAGGCUCUAACAAUACAGCCAAAUUUUCUYAKUUUUUCUGAAAUACUGACAUGGAAYCUGUGAUCCCUGUAACAYSUUUUCAGGGAUUGAAAAGGAAAUAAUGAGAAGAAUUAACGUGACUUGGUAAAUUUAGUUUUGUUCUUAAAGAAGAGGGUGACGUUGAAGGUCAAGGCAUGGAUGCUGUUUGAGAUUAAUAGAAUGAGUCAAUAACUUCUUGACAAGUGCUGAUAAUUGUGUUAGCUGUUGUGUACAGGGCAAUCAGUAGUAAAAUUAAUCCAUCCAUCUCUGCUGUAAGACUGAUUCAUUCAUAGAGAGCUCUCUGCCACAUGUAAUAUUUGAAAUUAAAGCAAAGGAAGACRGAUGGAGAACUGGACAAAAGGGUUACAUUCUGCAUUUCACUGUGUGUGCCCAUAAGGUCUGGCUUUGUGGUUGUGAGCAGGAAGUUUCUUUGUUCAGGAAUACUAUUGAAAAUGCACCUUCCUUUUAGUUCACCACAGAGCUUUGGCUGGAGCUGGAAGGUUUGCAGACAGUGAGAGCAGCUGAUAACGUUUGCACAGCAGCUGAACUUUGAACUGUUCAAGCUGUUCAUUUGAGGUUGGUGUUUGUUGGUGGUUCGUUGUUGCAUCUCUGAUUGCAGAACACUGUGGUGCUUCCUGGGGAAGCUUGUGUUUACCCGCUCUUUACCCAGUUUCUUUUCCUGUUCUUUCAGUUUUUUGCCUGUAUUUUUAUUUCUGUCUUGAGAGGAACACAGCUCCCUGCAGACUGACAAUGCUGUGCUGGUUUGUGCCCAUGUGUUUUCUGUUCCAAACAGAGGAUGGGAACAAAAAUCUCAGGUUGAGACCAUGCAAGUUCAAAUGUGUCUGUGAAUUUAGAAUUCAGAGGCAGUAUAUGAAAUAUGAAUUGGCCAUCCUCCUUUUGCUCUGCACAUUCCUCAUUCACAGGGAACAUGAGACUCAUGUUGCAGCCAUGUCUGUGGUUGUUUGAACAUCCCCUUACUCCCUGGUGCUCCAUUGUCUUCCUCACUCCCUUUUUGCCGUAUUGAUCUUGCCGCGGUCUUCAAUGAGGAAAAAAACUCCAACAAGGAGUCAGCAACUCUCAGAAUUUGUUCUUCUCUAACCUUUGCUGUAAUUCCUAGAGUGAACACCCCAGAUUCCUGUCUGUCUGGCAGUUUGAAUCUGUCUGGCAAUUUCAAUCAUAUGGAGAUUUUUUUUCACCUUCCUUGCCUGUUGCCCCUCAUUUUAAUGGAGGAGGCUGAAAGGAUGUGUGGAAGUGUGGCCUGUGCUGCAGAGCAGUAUCCUCGGCCUGGAGCUGGGGGAUGUGCCUGGUGCUGAUGUGAUGACUCUGGAGGCACCACACCUGAUGCUGGGGCAGCAGCAUUGAUCUUUCUGUUCUAUCAUGGUCUGUAAUGACUGACCCAGGAUGAAAAGCAUUCAGUGAGUAUGUGGCACUUAUUAUCUCUUUAUUUUAAUCAUUAUUCAUGUUAUGUCCUUGUGUAUUUAAUCACACCGUUCUGAGUCUUUUUGUGGUGCUUAUCACCAAUAGCUGAACUGCAUCUCCCUGAAAUGCUUCUCAGGAUGGAUGUAAAAGGUUACAAGAAUAUUUUUUUUAUCAAUAAAGGUUUAAAACACCUUUUGGAUUGAGAUGUCAGUGGCAGAUCCUGUUAAAGUGGAAUUUUCUGAUGAGGUUGGGUUCCUGACUCACUGCCCAGUUAUAUGGCAAGAUUUAGUGUACUGAGCUUAAGAUGCACUAAGAUUUACAUAAUUACAUUAUUUUGCUACUUAAAACUCUGAAUUGAGAAACUCAGGAGAAAAAAUUUAAUAUUAAAAAUUACUAGAACCAAGCAAGCAAUUCUUCCACAGUAAAAUACUGCAGUUCUUUAUUGUUGUACUUGCAGCCUCCUUGGCCUGACAGAAUAAAGUAGUGCUGGUAAAAGCUUGUUUGAAGAGACGCCUCAGCAAAUGCUCUUUGAAUUUGCCCUUUUAUAAAUUAAACUAGAAGAUUUCCAUAUACAUGUACAUGUAUGAAAAUGUCACUGAUCUUUUAGUCACAACUGACAUUUGUGCUCCGAGCAUGCCAAGGAGUCUGGCCUGAAGAAGAGAUUGUGCUUCCACCAAGUAUGCGCAGCUGGAACUGGAGAUCCCCAAGUUGAUUAGAGGGAUGAAACACCUUUGUUAGGAGGAAAGGCUGAGAGAAUUGGGAUUGCUCAGCCUGGAAAGGAGAGGGCUUUAGGGUCACCUAACUGUGGCCUUCCAGUACCCAAAUGGAGCUGACAAGGAAGAGGGAGGAGAAACCAUUUACAAGGGCCUGUAGUGAUAGGACAAGGGGGAAUGACUUUCCASUGACAGAGGGCAGGGUUAGGUGGGUUAUUGGGAAGAAACUCUUCCCUGUAAGGGUGGUGAGGUUCUGGCACAUAUUGCCCAGAGAAGCUGUGGCUGCUCCAUCCCUAGAAGUGUUCAAGGCCAUGUUGGAUGGGGUUUGGAGCAACCUGGUCUAGUGGAAUUUUUCCCUGCCCAUGGCAGGGGACUGGAUUAGAUGAGAUUUAAUAUCUCUUCCAACCCACACCAUUCCAUGAAUCUAUGACUCUAUGGCUCAAGUCGGGUUGUGCAUUCACCAGGGGUGCACAGGUGGGGAGCUGAAAGGAGGUGGGCACUGGGGACAGUCAGGAGGGGAGAGCAGUGCCCUCCCUAGAGCCAUGAGGAGUUCACUGCAUGGAAGUGUCCCUACAGUUCUUACUGGAGGGGUGCCCAUACAGGGAAACUUGACAGGAAAAGUGAGAGGAAGGACUGUUGUGCAUGCACAAGAGCUUGGGCUUGCAUUAAUGAGUCGGGGGAGCCCUGAACUGAAGUGGGAGGACAGGAGGAGCCUGCAGCAGGUACAGACCAGGAAUUGCAGAUACUUGGGGAUCCUAGAGUGGAUCUAGCAGUGAGACUUGGGCGUCUGUGCAUGGCUGGCAGACCACCAGCUCUGGCUACACCAGCUGCAGAAGUGUAGCUGAUUUCUCCAGGGCUUUAUCUGCUUCUUCCUUUGAGCAGACUGGAGCUAUGAUGGGUUUUUGAGAUCCAGCUGAACUUCCAGCUGAAUGGGCAUCUGUCUGAGGCUGAAUCCAGCAGCCUUACUGGAGCUUUGGGCUACAUGGGGGCAGGAGUCAGCCCAAAGCCCCUCAGGGCCUUCCAGGGUCGAAUUGAAUAAGCUAUGCAAACAAUAGGGAAUGGCAGGAAUGAUAGCUUGGUGGAGGAAAAGGCUGUGGACUGUUGACAGAGCCUGCAUAAUGCAAAUCAGCAUCCAUUAGAAAUUCCAGUGUAAAUGUAACAGAAAAAGAAAAUAUAGAGAUGAGUCAUUCACGUGAUUAGAACAGCUUUCCACCAAAGACCUAAGGAAKGGGUUUUGGUCUCAGUGGAGGAAGAUUUGGGCUGUCAUAACUCCAAACUGGGGAUGUGCCAGGAAACCUCAAAUGGCGUUUUAGCUUGCCCCCAUCCCAGGGCUGGGGAUGUGCACCAGGAGUUGCAUCCCUACUUUGUGAAAAAUGCUGGGAUAUGGGAAUGUGUACCAGAGGAGUGUUUGAGGACACUGGGAAUGUGCAUAAGGAAGAAUGUUGGACAAGGCUGUUGGGCAUCAGGAAAGGAUUUUGAGGAGGACAGUGGAAUGUGCAGCAGGAGUGGUGUUUGGGAAGGAUGUUGGGAUGUGCACCAAGAUGGGGGUUGGGAUGUGUGYGCAGUGGAGCUGCCAGCUCUGGGCAGAAGGAGCUGCAGCAGGACUUUGUCCUACAGAGAUUUGUCUUGCCGCUGCCUGGCAUGUGCAGAGAGGAGGAGUAUUUUAUUUGCAGCACAGGGUUUAAGUGGUUGUUAUUAAAUCACUACUGGAGGUUGUUUGUUGGAUCAAUAUAUUUUAAUUUUAGCCACGGGGUUGGAGUAGCCAAGGAAGACUCCCAGCAGCAAAUGGAAGUUCWGGGCUGCUUUGCCUCUCACCCCUUGCUGCCGUUUUAUUAAUGCUCAUUGUCUUCCCAAGGUGCAGUUCACAUUSUCUGCAGUAAAUGCCAAUAGUUCAAUGCACAGCAGAGUAAAGCUGACCUAAACAAAAUCCCACUUCAUUGGAUCAGUGAAGAAAUAAGUGUGCAUGUGCCCUGUUCCUUCACUGGAAUGAUUGGUUUGGUUUGAUUGAAUAUYCCUCUCUGCUUUGUGUCAAGCAGGUUUUUAAGUGAACCCUAGUGCCGUGUAGGUUGGAGAUGCUUCCCUAUCUCAUCUGUCAAAAUAAUUUUCUAGAGUAACACAGAAUAUCAGAAAGGACUGACAGAAUCAGACUUCUCUGUAAUUUAUUCACUAGUUCUCGUACUUAAAAAUAAAAU